GCGGGUCGUCGCGGUAGAGAAGCGAGUGGCUCGGGCGACGCGGGGCCAGAAGGGCAGGACCGCCCGCUAGCCAGAGCCCGGACCGUUCUCCGCCCCGCGACACAAGCCGCCCUCCGGUCCGACAUCCCCGCUUCGUCGCCGCCGGCCGGCCCGCCCGCCCGCCUUCCGUCCCCUCUCCGCCGAGCCUGACCUCCAAAAAGCUGAAAGAAUUAUUAUUGAGAGUCAUAGCCCAAAACUCCCUCACGUGUCCCCCAACUCUCAACGAAUAAAAGGACCCAUCAGCCUCCGGCCCGGCGGCGCCCAGAAAGGAAGGAAGAGCGACCUCCGCCCCGCGCCCAGGACCACCCUGGAGGGAGAAGCCUCCCCGCCACCGGCAGACCGCCCCGCCACCGCGGAGACCCGAAGCUGUCUGGAGCCCAAGGCUGCCGACCUUCCAUCACCUGCCACUGCCCUCGGCUUGUAUACACGUGCCCGGAGCUGAUUUGCUGCCUCGGAAAGGACCAUGCAGCUGGAGAUCAAAGUGGCCCUGAACUUUAUCAUCUCCUACUUGUACAACAAGCUGCCCCGGCGCCGGGCAGACCUGUUCGGCGAGGAGCUGGAGCGGCUCCUGAAAAAGAAAUAUGAAGGCCACUGGUACCCUGACAAGCCCCUGAAGGGCUCCGGCUUCCGCUGUGUUCACAUCGGGGAGAUCGUGGACCCCGUGGUGGAACUGGCCGCCCGGCGGAGCGGCCUGGCCGUGGAGGAUGUGCGGGCCAACGUGCCCGAGGAGCUGAGCGUCUGGAUCGACCCGUUCGAAGUGUCCUACCAGAUCGGCGAGAAGGGGGCGGUGAAAGUGCUGUACCUGGAUGACAGCGAGGGCUGUGUUGCCCCAGAGCUGGACAAGGAGUUCAAGAGCAGUUUCAACCCCGACGCACAGGUCUUCGUGCCCAUCGGCAGCCAGGACAGCUCCCUGUCCAGCUCCCCAUCACCAUCCUUCGGCCAGUCGCCCAGCCCCACCUUCAUCCCCCGCUCUGCCCAGCCCAUCACCUUCACUACCGCCUCCUUUGCCGCCACCAAGUUUGGCUCCACCAAGAUGAAGAAGGGCGGCGGGGCCGCGGGGGGCGGGGGUGUGGCGGGCGGUGGGCCCGGGGGCCCCCAGCCUCCGCAGCCCCGCCUGGCCCGCUCCCCCACCAGCAGCCUGCUGAAGCACAAGAGCCUCUCCCUGUCUCUGCACUCACUGAACUUCGUCGCGGCCAGCCCGGCCCCUCAGUCACAGCUCUCCCCCAACGCCAAGGAGUUCGUGUACAACGGUGGCCCCGCCAGCCUCUUCUUUGACGGGGCCGAUGGUGGGGGUGCUGGGGCCGCCUCGUGCACUAGCAGCAGCUUCGACGUGGCUCAGGUGUUUGGGGGCGGCACCAACAGCCUCUUCCUGGAGAAGACACCCUUCGUGGAAGGCCUCAGCUACAACCUGAACACCAUGCCCUACCCCAGCCAGCCCUUCCAGCCUGUCGUGCUGGCCAACUGACCACCCGCCGGCCGCGGGGCCAGGAGCGCCCAAGACCACAGGAAAGAGAAAGGAAAAGAAAGGCCAAAAAAAGAGGAAAAGAAAAAUACACAAAAAGAUGUCCAGUCUUCUCACUCUGGCUUCUAGAAAAAAAGAUCCAGCCCAGGCAGGGAGUGGGAGGGGGCUCCUGAAGCACCGAAUCGAGGUUAACUCAACCCCCUGCUGUUUUCCUGCCUGCCUCUGAUUUAUUUGGUUGGUUUGGGUUUUAUAUUUUUUUCUUUCUUUCUUUUUUUUUCUUUUUCUUUUUUUUUUUUUUUACAUGUAGUUUUCUAUAUAACAUCUUUAAUUAGUGGCUUCCUGUGCUAAGAAUGGUCCAGAUGUGAAUUGCUGCUCCCUCCCUCCCUCCGUCCCUCCCUCCUUCACACGCCUGGUUUAGGAUUGGUGUGUCCAAGCUCACCGGGAAGGAGGAGCCACAGCGGGGGCCUAACCCUGCCCAGAGCAGAGGGAGGCUGCCCUGUGUCGCUGCCUCUGUCCCCCAGCUCUGCUUUCACUCAAAGCCAUCCAACCUCAUCAAAGCCAUCCAACCUCAUCAGGCCUUCUUGGGCCCUGCCACCCAAAUAGGUCUGACCCCAGCCCCCGCUCCCUCCCAGGCCUGAACCAUGGGGAGCGGCUGGCUGGCUACUUGACACCCUCCCGCUA